AUGUCUAGAUCCAAGGCAGUCCCCAUCGAGGGAGACGAGACAGCCCGACGCAGAGCCAGCAUCGCACAGCUGACCGAGAACGUGGCUGGAGAGAUUCGCAACCCUCUCAAGGACAUUCCUCGAGAAAUCCUGCUGGAAAACGUUGACCGCUUCCACAAGGAACACGACCUCCCAGAGGAUAUCCUUCCAUUGCUGCGGAAGGGCGCCUUGGUUGCGCAGAAUCCCGCUGCGCUGGACUCCAUCACGGAGCUCGAGGAAUUCGAAAAGGAAGCACUGAUUGAUGAAGUCGAGCAUCGCUGGAGGCACCCGUGGCCGCUCUACUACACCAUCAUUUUGAACUCAAUUGCCGCUGCCAUUCAAGGAUGGGAUCAGACUGGAUCCAAUGGGGCGAACUUGAGUUUUCCACAAGCGUUCAAUCUUCCGGAGAACCCACCCGAGUGUGGACCGGACAUCAAUGGUGGUGACUGUUCCAAGAACAGUUGGAUUGUGGGACUUAUCAACAGCAUGCCGUAUAUCACCAUUUGCCUCUUCGCUGGAUGGAUCUCUGAUCCCCUCAAUCACUGGCUUGGACGGCGUCAUGUCAUCUUCAUUGCCGCCAUCUUCUCGCUUCUGGCCCCAUUCGGUAUGGCGCUUUCUCAAACAUGGGGUCAGCUCUUGGCUUGUCGCAUGCUCCUUGGUAUUGGUAUGGGGUUGAAAGAGGUCACCGUGCCUGUUUUCUCAGCAGAAAACGCUCCAACUAUCAUUCGCGGCGGUCUCGUAAUGUCCUGGCAAGUUUGGACGGCAUUCGGUAUCUUCCUUGGAACCUGCUCCAACUUGGCCGUAGCAAAGACUGGCGCGAUCUCAUGGCGUCUGCAAUUCGGCUCCGCCUUCAUUCCGGCAGUUCCAUUGGUUCUCGGUGUUUAUUGGUGCCCGGAAUCUCCUCGCUGGUUGAUGAGCAAGAACAAUUACAAUCAAGCUUGGAAAUCCCUGAAGGCUCUCCGCAACACUCCGCUUCAAGCUGCUCGUGAUCUUUACUACAUCGAUGUAUUGCUGAAACAGGAAGAGCUGCUCAUCGAGGAAUCCACUAUCGCGAAGUCUGGUGGCAACACGUUCACUCGAUUCGUUGAGCUCUUCACGAUGCCCCGAAACCGUCGUGCGGUGUAUGCGUCUGGUAUCGUUAUGUUGGCACAACAGAUGUGCGGAAUUAAUAUCAUCUCGUUCUACAGCGCCACUAUCUUCAAGGAGGCUGGUAUCAGCGACUUCACUGCACUUUUUGCAUCGUUCGGCUUCGGAUUGAUCAACUUCGUUUUUGCGUGGCCUGCGGUGUGGACCAUCGACACCUUUGGCCGUCGUACGCUCUUGCUCUUCACCUUCCCUCAGAUGUUCUGGACGUUGCUUGCUGCCGGACUGUGUUACUUGAUUGAACCUAGCGUCGAAGACAGCAAAUUGCGUCUCGGGCUUGUCGCCCUGUUCGUCUACCUCUUCGCUGCGUUCUACAGCCCUGGGGAAGGCCCCGUUCCUUUCAUGUACAGCGCCGAAGUAUUCCCCCUCUCCCAUCGUGAGGUCGGCAUGGCGUAUGCCGUCGCGACCAACAAUUUCUGGGCCUCCGUGUUGGCGUUGACGUUCCCCCGCAUGCUGCGCGCCAUGACGGCGACCGGGGCAUUCGGGUUCUACGCAGGGUUGAAUCUAGUGGCGCUGUUGCUCAUCUUCCUGUUCGUGCCGGAGACGAAGCAACGGACGCUCGAGGAGCUGGACUACGUCUUUGCGGUGCCGACCAGGAAGCACGUGAAUUACCAGACGGGGUCCGUGCUUCCAUGGUGGUUCCGUCGCUGGAUCCUGUGGCACAAGAACGAGACGUGCCCGGAGCUGUACCAUUUCGAGGGUGUUUCGAACCCUUACACUCGAGGGGAGAAAGCGCUCGAGGCGGCCGCUCCCGCUGCGUUUCCCGCAGAGUCGACUGAUAAACCUGUGACCGAGGGUGUGUAA